CUUCUACCACCAGCUAUUAACAUCAGCACCACCACCACCACCAACUCGUCCUUCGCCCUCAAUUCGCUCGUUCCGUCACGUCCACCACCCUUUCGACAACCCCGUCAAACGACCUGCAUAGACUUCGCCUUCCAUCGCUUUUCUCUUUUCCAUCGUUUCACUCUCGUUACAACCAUCCGCCGCCCUCGAAUCAAUCAGUAAGCUGGGUCUUAGUUGACUCAAUCAUCCCGACGCUCAUUCCAGUCUAAUUUCACACGUGCUUUCUGGAGCCCCCUCCACAACAAUAGCCUCGACUGUCGGCCGUCAUCGAGCAUUUUGCUGUCUAGAACCUGUCACCUGGUUCCAUUCCACCAACAUCUUACGUCUGCCAGUGCGCAUGGUGCUUUCUCCUGCAAAACACUUCCCAUCUUCUCCCCAACUCCUGCUGCCAACCAUUGCCCGAGACCAGCAGAACGUUUUGCCAUUAGAACCAUCGCGAAUUCGUAUUAACCACUAUCUGGACCGUUGUUGAUGUCUUCAAUCCAGCCUUAUCAUCCUCCCACCCUACAUAACCUCGUCCCUUAACGGCGCUCCUCUCGCGUUGGAUCCAUCCUUCCUUUCCGUGGGUUCAGCAUGGGAUUUUGGCCGUUCGGUGGACGCAAGAACGCCCGCGCCAGCCAGCCACAUCUUCAACGACCGCAUACAUUCGGCGAAAAAGAGGAAAAGGACCUGAAAGCGAGGCCAGGCUCGGACAGGGCCGAAGAGAUGGGAAAUAUGGCUCGCAAUCAGACCCAUCGAGGCCCAGAUGACAAACCUCGAAGGCUGUCGAAGCAGAGACUUCCUAAGAAUGUCUCCCGGGUCCAGACUGCUCCGGUGAGUGGUCCUGGUUCGGAGACGUGGAAUGGGCGAAGGAGCUCCGCCGUCGAACCGAGUGCACUUCAUGGACAAAAGGUGUACGCUCAGGAUCCUACUUCUCAGAUGAGCAUUGGGCCAGAGGACUUCACAGCCUUGCCACAGGCUCCGACGCUGUUGGCCAGACGUGGCACAUACGAUCCAACCUUAACGCGACGGAAAUCGAGCAAGAGGAAAGCGGAGGACUAUGCUCGGGAGCGAGAGAUUCGUGCCAUGAGCUCGCCAGACUAUAGACUGAAGCGGCCAGCAUCUUACUCCGGCUCCGGACCAUUACGUCGCGAUACACAGAACGUCCCUGGGGAUCUCAACAGGCGGCUGCAAAGACCCAAUUCAAAGGUGUCAUUACCGUUACCUGAAGUGAUUCAAGAUGCCGAAGAUUUCGAAAAUCAGGGGUCGUUCAAGGUGGGGAUUUUGGCCGCAUUGGCACCUCGGCCUACUCUCACUUAUGUCAGUCAUCCUCGUUCAUCGACCGGGAAGCAACCCGCGAGGAUAAGACCGUCAGUUCAGGAAGCCAUCGAGGAGGAGGCCCCUGCGUCCAGAAAGCGCAUAGAUGAAUUGGCAGAUGAUCUGGAUGCUGGUGCUCUGAGAGAGCUAAUGGAUCGAGAUCGGAGACGACACGAGCGGAAGAAAGCCGCCGACCGGGAACGUUUACAGCGGAAGCUACAACGUAAAGCCGAUCGACAGCGAGAAGAGGAACUGAGAGGCUAUCCUGUCGCAGCAUCACCUACGGGACCUGCAGACUUGGGGACUGAAGCCGAGGAGCAGAGAGGUAGGAGGCUUCGCAAUGCGAGUGCCGGUAGUUCAGAGUUUGCCGCAACUGCUGCACCACCUAUUGGCCGAGAACGAGCAGCCGAUCCUUUCAAAGACCCUUCGCCUGGGCAUAAGUUUGACACUUCUCAAACAAGGCCUGCAAACCGCAUUAGAAACCCAUUCGAAGGUGAAAAGGAUGUCGACAUCAUGCAAGACCCUUUUGAUCAUGAGGAAGACGAAGGUUCGGUCGUGCCAGUCAGGUCGCCUCUCCGAACCAUAUCACCAUUAAACGCCAAGAUCAACCAGCAACCCCUACAAGCCACCACGAUCUCGCCGCCUACCUCGCCUGUUCAUCGACCCUCCGAUCUCCAGAAUUUAUCCCAGACAUCUGUACUCGCACGCGAGACUGCUCCCGACGUUGCGGACCACGGAUCUGCUGGUCGGCGCGCUUCGGAUCAGAGCAGUCAACAACAACAGCUAAGCUCGUGGACAAGCUUUUUCAGACGUGGAACGAGACGAAAGCCGAGCGCGGCAGACCGUGGCAGAAGUACACCUUCAGAGUUCUCUAAUACCUCUCGCGAGUCUUUUGCCCGCAAGCAGCAGCCUCCUCCAGUUGUUGUUCCACGUACGUUUCGAAAAUCGGACUCCUCAGGAGUACCUCAACGAACAAUGUCCAAAUUUCGAGAAGACCUCCCGGAGUUUCCUAUCUCACCACCAGACUCUCGUGUGCAGUCUCCUGAGGCUAUGAGUACGGCUCAAGCGAUUGCUGGACAACAUACUGUCCGCCCAUCCCAUUCUGGCACGCUUGAUGGCAUGAGUCUGGCCACAACCUCCAGCAAUCCCGCAUUGGAAGGCCAACAGCUACGGAGUGCGGAGAGCGAAGCAAGUGCUGCGCCAGUUUCCGGGCAUAUGUUGUCUCAGUCUCUUGCCUCAGUCGACUCGGAAGGCUCAUGGCUCUCUGGUAAACCUGCCAAGAGGAUGUCGGGUGGUUUGAGCCAUCCGCUCCGUCAAAGCGUAUCCUCGAUACCUCCAAAUGCUGUCCCGGGUAGUUUCGAGACCGAAGAAGAAGAAGAACUCGCGCAGGACGAAUAUUUCACCAGACUGAAUCCAGAACCUGGCGCACGCCGUGAUUCCGUAGGAUCAGCAGGACGUAGGGCGAGCAGCAACGUCAUCGACUUGGAGCGAGAACGACAGCACAGUCCUAUUCCAGAUGUGCCACCCGUUCCCACUAUUCAAGGAGGUGACGAGACUUGGCACGCCGGCCUUGGACGCCAGGCUACUGUGGUGCGUCAAGCUACGAGAGCCAAAUCCAGCGAAGGUCUUUUGAAGGAAUACGGGGCAGAGUCGUCCGAUGGAUCUCGACGGUCUAGCUCAGACGGGGACGAUGAAGCCAGUGACGGCGAAUUGCUCGAGACAGUGACGCCAGGCACGGAACUCGCAGGGGUUCCAAUUCUACGAGCACGGAGCGUGGAGUACAAAGGCGGCCAUGCUCGGCAUAUCAGUGCCGGGAGUGCCAAAUUACUGGAUAUACGAAGAACGUCGUCUGUGUCACAAGCAAGUACGGCUCAACGCAGUCCGGGAUUGCCUCAGAAGAAGACGAUGAUUCAACAUCGAUCACAAUCACCUCCCAGGCAGCCCUAGACCCGGGUUGCGAAUACAAUUUUCCUAUGUUCACACCUUUCUUUUCCAUACCAGUCGGCCCAAGAUACGCAUUGCACACGAGACUUGUGUAUGCCGGACGAUUUUGAUGAUAUAAAAAGAUACCCCCUUAUGUCGCUCAUUUGACCAUGGAAGAUGACACAAUGGAGAAGGAUAGCUUGGAUGAUUUGGAGCCUUUAGCGUUGAACGAUUUAAUGUACAGUCAAGGCAAUUGAUUUGCCAUGGCGGGCUUGAUGUGAAGCGGAAGUGUAUGCAAAUACAAAAAGUCGGGAUCAAGAAUGGUAAUCACGUUCCGCCGAGGAAGAAAUUGGAAUCCAAAAGACACAAUAUGUACCACAAGAGAAAUGGAAGAAGAUGGACACAUUUAUUAGAUACCUGAUAACUCUGGGUAAUCUGGACAAUCUGUUCAUGGCUUCAUUUGAUG